GUAGGUAUUGUAAUGAAACAUCUUCCUCACUGUGUUUCAGGCAUCUUUGAUAAUGUAUGAGUUGGCCUGGAAAAUGAGCAAAGAUAGCAAUGAUUUGUUAUGGUGGGCAGCAAUUGGUUUGACUCAUCAAUAUCUUUACGAAAAAAUUGACAGUGACAAGUAUGUUACAGAYGCUCAAAACCUUCAUGAACAUGUCAUGAGACACAACCAUGGUACAGAUGAAAAUGGCUCUUCCAUAAACUGCAUGAGAAUCGUGUUUGAUACUGAACUGCGACUGUCACUUUACAGACAUUGGUCAUUAUUUGACAGCAUCUGUCAUUCCCGUUACACUGCCUGCAGGUUCAGGGUGUGGACAAUGAAAGGAAAGAAGAAACUUUAUGAAUUUCUCGCUGACAUGGGAAUCCCUCUGGUGCAGAGUAAACAGAAAUUCUACAGCAUGGAUUUUGACCUGAGGAACAACUUAAAAGGAUGGGUUGAGACAUCUGCUGAAAAAUUUGGGCUGGAUGAAAUGUCCUAUGGGUCAUUCCAUGUUCAAUAUGGAUUCAAAAAUAAGCUUUGUGCAAGCGAUGUUGUUUAUGCAGUUAAUGCUCUUUUGGAAGCUCCGAAUGAAGGAAUGACAAAAUGGGAUAAUUUUUUGGAGGCGUUAGAUGCUUUGUCAAGGUCCAAUUCUGAGAAACUACAGGAUGGUAUCAAAAUGGGCAAGAAACAGUUGAUUGCUGUCGUCAAUCAAGUUAGAUCGUUGAUUGACAUGCACCAAGUGAUGUGCGCUGGCCAUUUUCUGUACUCGCAUCUUAGAGAGGGUAUACCAGAUCUGGACAUGUUCAGCAAGCCAGCCGUCUUAGGAGCGUUAGCUCGCUUUGUUCUCAAUGCCUACGUAACGAUGUCCAAAAACAAGAAAGCAGCAGCUCUUCCUUUCGUCCUCGCAGCGCCACUAGAUUCAGAAAAAGGGACUUGUCUCUUGGUUGGAGUGCCUCCUAUUGCUGAUGAUUCCUGCAAAAAUUUCUUGGGAAAAGCUUUUGAAAUGGCCGCCAGCAAAACCAAGUCCAGAACAAUUCACGACCACUUUGACCCAGCAGUGAUAGAAAUGAAGAGUGAAGACCGUGGAAAGUUCUUCGAUGCCCUCUCAGCUCUUCUCAUCCCCAAAUAAACUCAAUUCAGUCUGCAAUUCAGUUCAACUUCCUUCCUUCCCUUUAUGCAUUUUGAAUGAUCCGUCAUAUUUUGUAAGACGUUUGUAUACCUAUCCUUCGCCAAGGUUGAUUCAGUUUGGCACAAGAACUUUUCCCAGCGAUUUCCUAGGCGAACAGAAAUUUGGAGCUAAUUCGUUUCCCGGUGGGCUGGACUCAAAGAGUGGACAAUUUCAUGAAGUCAAGGCCUUAAUUAUAACUUGUACAUACGCAUUCAAUUUGUUGCUUGUAAAUAGCAGUAAACUAAUGUAAGGCAUCCUUAUGGUGACGGAAAGGUAGAUGCCCUGGAGAGUGUUACAUCUGUGUACAAAACGGGAAGUCUUAUGCUGAUGGGAGACCUCAAUUUAUGGACUUCUAAUUCUUAUUGUUACUUAUUUUCGCGAGACUCAAUUUUCGCGAUUUCGAAAUAAUCGCGAAAUAUAAGACCAGCGAAAAAAAAGUUUUACCGAAAAUUAACGACGCGAAAUUUAAUACCCUAUUAUGUAAUUCUUUAUCAAUCAACGACAACGUCAGUUUUCUACAUAGUUAUCUUGUCCCUGUUCUCUAUUUAAUUUUCGCCGUUAUAACUCUCUUCAUCUGAAUCAAUGUCAUCUUCUUGCUGCAGUUCAUGUAAGAUAUCCUUUGCGCAGUUGUCAAACAAUCCUUUCCUAUCUCCUUGUAACUCGUCAGGAAAAGCUGUUUAUACUUAAAUUCAGAUAAUAAAAAAAGGUCUAUUUUGA